CCGGGCUGAAAGUGUUGGCACUUUACAAACAUUCACCCACAGCCACAGACACAGAAUGGAUUCAACAGCCAGAGCUACGAGGAAGCUGUUUGCUUUGGAGAUACCGGAUAUCAUCGUGAUCACAGUUUACUUUGUGUUUGUUAUGGUAGUAGGGUUAUGGUCCUCUGCACGAGCCAACCGUGGUACAGUGGGAGGCUAUUUUCUUGCUGGAAGAGUCAUGACCUGGUGGCCUAUCGGAGCGUCGCUGAUGUCCAGUAACGUGGGCAGCGGGCUGUUUAUUGGCCUGGCAGGGACAGGAGCAGCUGGAGGAAUUGCUGUGGGAGGUUUCGAAUGGAAUGCUACCUGGGCACUGCUGGCACUUGGCUGGAUAUUUGUGCCAGUCUACAUUGCGGCAGGAGUGGUCACUAUGCCCGAGUACUUGAAGAAACGGUUUGGAGGCCAGAGAAUCAGAACCUACAUGUCUGUGCUGUCCCUCAUUCUCUACAUCUUCACCAAGAUAUCGACUGAUAUUUUCUCGGGAGCACUUUUUAUCCAGGUCUCACUGGGUUGGAACCUUUACCUGUCUACAGUAAUCCUGCUGAUCAUCACGGCAAUCUACACAAUAGCUGGGGGCUUGACUGCAGUGAUUUACACGGAUGCCCUUCAGACGGUGAUUAUGGUGGCCGGAGCGUUUGUCCUCAUGGUCAUUGGUUUCAUCCAGGUUGGCUGGUACAAGGGUCUGGAGGAGAAGUACUUCCAGGCCAUCGCCAACGUCACCGUGGCCAACACAUCGUGUCACAUCCCGCGUGCAGAUGCCUUCCACAUGUUCCGCCACCCAGUGACGGGCGACAUUCCCUGGCCAGGCCUGGUGUUUGGCCUCUCGGUGCUGGCCACGUGGUGCUGGUGCACUGAUCAGGUGAUUGUGCAAAGGUCACUUUCAGCUAAGAAUCUGUCUCAUGCCAAGGGCGGCUCCGUGCUGGGAGGCUAUCUGAAGAUGCUGCCAAUGUUCUUCAUUGUGAUGCCAGGCAUGAUCAGCCGGGCGCUGUAUCCAGAUGAGAUUGGCUGUGUGGACCCUGAUGUGUGCGAGGCGGUGUGUGGAGCCAGAGUAGGAUGUUCCAACAUUGCGUACCCCAAACUGGUAGUGGAGCUGAUGCCUGUGGGACUGAGGGGGCUGAUGAUUGCGGUGAUGAUGGCAGCUCUAAUGAGUUCACUCACCUCCAUCUUUAAUAGCAGCAGCACUCUCUUCACGCUGGAUAUCUGGCAGCACAUCCGCAGAGAGGCUUCCGAGCAGGAGCUGAUGAUUGUUGGCAGGGUAUUCAUCCUGUUCCUAGUCGGCAUCAGUAUAGUGUGGAUUCCCAUCAUCCAGACGGCUAACAGUGGCCAACUCUUUGACUACAUUCAAUCCAUCACCAGUUACUUGGCGCCACCCAUCACAGCACUCUUUGUCAUGGCAGUGUUCUGGAAAAGAGUCAAUGAGCCGGGUGCGUUCUGGGGUCUGAUGGUGGGUCUGGCUGUGGGACUGGUGCGAAUGGUCAUGGAGUUUGUGUAUGGAUCUCCGUCGUGCGGUGAGGAAGAUAAUAGACCGGCUGUGCUCAAGAACAUGCACUAUCUCUACUUCGCUUUGAUCCUGUUCGGGGUCAGUGGGAUGGUGAUUGCUGCUGUCAGCCUGCUGACUCCAGCCAUCGACGAGGACAAUCUGAUUCGAUUGACUUGGUGGAGCCGACACAGUGAAGCUCCCAGCCUUGAGCCGGACAAUCCUAAGAACCUGCCUGAACCUGCCUGGAGCGAUGCGGAACUCGCUUCAGUUACACACACUGAAGGGCCACAAGGAACAGGGUUGGUGUUUCCCUGGUGGAAGAAAACCUGCUACUGGUUCUGUGGCCUGAACACACAGCCUAAACCAGAGCUAACAGAGGAGGAGGAGGCAGCCCUGCAGAGAAAACUCACCUGCAUCCAGGAGAAACCCUUGUGGAGAAACGUGUGCAACAUUAAUGCUUUCAUUCUAUUGACCAUUAACAUCUUCUUCUGGGGAUAUUUUGGAUAAAGGAACAUAGUGAAGUUAUUGUACAACAAUUUAGUUUGUAUCUACCAACAGCAACUUACAGUUUUACAGCAGCAAUAACGUGCAAUAACGCUUCAUAUUAUUGGUAAAAUGUGUGUGAUUUUACGAAGCUACACAUUGAAAGUGUUUUUGUUUUUUCAGUCAGUUGUCAUUGAGGCCGAAGUCUGGUGUAGUGUCAUUGCCAUUUACAGGGGGAAUGCCAGGCAAGGAGUUUGGUUCCCACUGACUUGCUUCUAUUUUAUCAUUAUUAAUAAAUAUUAAUAAA